AUGCUUCGUUUGUGCCUGCAGCGCACGAGAGCCGCCCCUUGCCGGUCAGCCGUCGCCGCUGCCAUCUGCACGCCCUCGCGAUACAGAAGCGUGAAUGAAGGCGAGAGCAGCACUGGCAUCAACCACGGUGGGCGCCCCGCUGCGUCGUCGUCAUCGUCGUCGUCGCCCGAUGAAAUGCCGCUGCGACGUGGACAUGUCGAUAGGGGGAGCGCUACUAUCUACCCGAGGGUGCUUGUGGCGCUCAAGGAAAGACAGAAGGAGCAACAAAUUGAGGAGCAGGAGAAAGAUGGUGACACACUGUCCGCUACAAAUGGCAGUUCGGCUGCGGCGGUCGACGAAUUCCAUCCAGAGGGAGUUGCCGACGCCAAGCAGAACGCGGUGCAGGCGUUUCUGGAGGCGAAGAAGCGGGAGGUGCAACUGGCGCAGCUGGAGCGCAACCUCGACAUUCCUUACCCGACACACCCAGACGACAUGGUGCCGGAGUUCCGCCGAAUAAAGCGGCACCAGUCGCAGGUGGUUGUGGCAGCAGACCCGGACUAUCCUGUAUUUGAGCGGCGCGACCAGUUCGUGCAGCUGCCGCCGCCAGCAAUGCACCCGUGGGUGAAGAACACACCGGUGGGACCCUUCAUUCUGCACGGCGACGGCCAGCUUGGCGUGGCGGGGACUGGUGAGGUUGGCUUCGACAGCACACAUGCGACAGAGGCGCUGCCGCAGCACUUUCGGGGCCUGCGACACCGCUCAGUGCUGCAGCAGCGCCUGCCGCAGAAGAAUGGCAAGGUGCUACAUGAUGCUGUGGUGAAGAACAGCUUCGCCCUUACUGGCCGCGGCGUCUUUGCAACGAAGGACAUUGCGGCGGGGGAGACCAUCAUGAUUGUGCAGAGCACCGCGUGCAGUCUCGGUGUGCGGAGCGAGGUGGAGCGGCUGGUGGAUAUGUGCAGCGAUGUGCUGUUGGCCGUGUACGAGGGCGCCACCGAGGACCUGGAGUUCCUGCACGACUGGGUGCUCACUGGUCAGCCGUCGUCGCUGCUGGAGUACUGGCCGACAUCCGCCACGCAGCAGGUGCUGGAGCGCAUUGGAGGGGUCGACGUGUUGCACGCACUAGAGCUGCACGAGGUCCACAUUGCGCGUCUCGCUGCCAUUAUGGACAUGAAUAGUCUCCUGGUGGAGUCCUCCUACGCGGUGCGGAAGGGCAUGGCGUAUUUUCCAGAAGCAGGUUUCUUGAAUCACAGCUGCACACCCAACGCGACAUACGACGUGAUUCCAGAGCAUACCUUUCGUGACACGGACUACUACAUUGAUGAGGUAGGAGAAAUGGCGGCGGUGGCGGAAACAACAGAAGAACAAGGAAGUGUAGGAGAGAAACACACCACUGCAGGAGCCUCACCCCCUCCUACGAAGCAAUCGGGUAUCCGCCAUGUGAGCCACUUUGGCAGCAGUGGCAUCCGCUAUGCUGAUGGCACAAACGCUGCUGCCGAGGGUGUGGGGUAUCAUGAACUCACCACUGAGGGUCCUGGAAAGUACUUGUUCUGCUGCCGCGCCACCGCUACAAUCCCUGCGGGCACGGAGAUACUCAUCAGCUACGUGCCGCCAGAUUGGUCGUUUGACAAUCGUCAGUAUGUCUUGCAUGAUCGCUAUCGUUUCUGGUGCAAGUGCCCCAAGUGUGCCCCCACACUGGACUCAAAGUACGCCCGAGUGCCCCGUCUGAUUGUAUUUAUGCUACUGCUCAGCGUUUUUCUUCAGCUGCUCGUGGUGCACCAGCGUGAUAUGGAGCAGACGGCCGUGCGGAAUCGUGCCUCCGCCGCUGACGAGGAGGAGCAUGCGACAGAGGGUGGUGCGUCGGAUGCCGGUGCUGGCGUCACGAUGAAGCAGCGUCAGAAGAAACGCUCGCACGGUCUGUUUGAGAUACUGGAGGAAAGUCGGCUGCAGGAAUUGUACUCGCCCGACAGAGGGCCGCUGCCUGCGCCGGUUUACAGCGACCCGUGGGCGCAACCUCCGCGUUAG